GGACCAGCAGCAGGUUGCUAGAACAGCUGGCCACUUGGUCCACAUGGCAAAGAGCUGUACCAGACGGCUAUGACAGCAGGCUGCUGCUACGUUGGCAAUCAAACGAUCUGUACUACCUCUACAGGUGUGCCAGUUGCCUGCUCUAUGAAAUUGCACAAUGAAGGAACAAAUGAUACCUCAAUAUCGUCACUGCAUCAAAUGUAUGCCUUCAAGCAGCGAAGCUUUCUUUAGUUUAUUCCCUGUGGUAAUUGUAUCUCGUGAGUUUAGUAUGGAGUAAAAUGAGGAGAUCCUCUAGGGAGUGCCUUAGUAAACCGGACCGGUCUAGGAGUCGGUGUAAUGAAAACUGGGCUGAUUCCAGACACAGUAUAAUCUGUGGUCGUAUGAAUUAUGUGGGUCGCAUGGUCGGGGGUCUUCGUACGCUAUCUUCCUUGGCAGGCAUGUGAUCGCUGUGCUGCAAACCAUGUUUCAGAAGAUGAAAAGUUUUAUAGCUUUUAAUCAACUGCCUAAUGAAUGCUUAAUUUCACAUAGCUUCCAACAUCUAGGUCGGAUAUGCGUGACCCUUUUUUCUUCCCUUUGUGCACUUUAGUAAGAUUGCCGGGACACCCAUUUUAUUUCUACACACAGGUUAGGAGCAAAUUCUUAGUUCAUGGUUAGAUUAUGCAACUGCCAUGGCAUGCUUAUUUAUGCCACAGCCGGCAUGGUGUUUUAGUGGCUAUGACUGGAUACUAUCGAAGUCGUGGGCAUGAUUUACAGCCAUGAUGGCCACAUUUCUAUCGGGCUGGAAUGCAAAAAUGUUCAUGUACUGAGGUUUGGAUGCAUGUUAAAGAGUCCCAGGCAGUGAAAGCUAAUCUUGAGCCCCCCCCCCCCCCCCCUACAAUAACAUCUUUUUACCCCAAUUUUGGCUUUGAGAUGCAAAAUCCCAUAAUUGAGUGGUUUAUGCCACAUUCCCAUCAGCUGCAUAAUAACAAGGUUGCAGUGUAAUAUGACUUGGCAAGUUGCCUUGUGUUUUGUGGAUGUGGUGCUUUAGUGCCCAUGAUGUUUUUUUUUAAUAAUGUGCAACUACCAGCCACCCGCCUGUUAAAUUUUGCUUAUCGUGUUUGAUGGACGUGCUUGCUAUUAAUGACCAACUGGCCAUUUGUUUUGCUGCAUGGUCUUUUAUAGGAAGUAGCAAAGGCCAUGGAGUGUUUCAAUCAAAAAAACUUGUUUGUUUGCAGCUUCCUGACAUGGCCUUGAUAUUUUGCAGGGAUAGCACCACGUUUGCAAGAAGGCACCAACAUAUGCUGGUAAAAUGCUGGAAUGAAGAAAGCGGCUGCGAGAUGGUCACUGCCGCCUCCAAACUCUAUGAGCAUUUCUUCCAAGAUUGUGACUACCACAUCACGUCUUGUCAAAAGUGUUCGGCUCUGAUUCUUUGUAACGAUGUGUGCGCACAUCUCAAGAGUGACUGUACCGAUUUUAUGGUGUCUCGCAUGUCUAGAGCCCCCAAAAUUUCUUACACUGACCCAGAAGGAAUACUGAGAGCUUUGAACGCGAGCUUAGAUGCGCGAGUCGGUGAAAUAAAGCACAGCCUAUGUGAAGCCCUGAGCGAGAGUAGCACUCUACUAAACAACCGAUUAAAUGAGCUUUCUCUUUGUAUGAACGCAAUGAAAGAAGCUGUGUUACAGCCAUCGACAAGUGAAAUUUGUGCAGAGCAGAGUGGUGGUCCAGAAACAGCUGCUGGUGUUGCCUCCAUCAGAGCAGUCAAACAAAUUAUUAAUGCUCACGGCGACAGGCUCACCAAACUUUCAAGUAGCAUAAGCAGUCCAGGUUACACUCUAAACCAAGGUGUGGGGGAUACGGAAACGACAAGUCCUGAGAGGCUUGAACAAAGUACAAAUAAUCCGAGGAUUGUUCAGGCACAAUUGAGCAAAAGCUUGACAGGAAGCACUCCCAGUCCGAAAGAAAUUUCCCAGAGCCUGGAGGUGCCUAAUGAAAUUCAAAUCGGAAAGGGUCUGAACCCUGCGGUAAGUUGUACAUCCUCUGAAAUCUAUGCCACGAAUUCUAGUUCUAUCCCAGCACCUAGAGAGAGUGUGAAACAAACAGAACAGCAUACGAAACUCCAGAGAGGAGAAGACGCAGCAGAAAACACAGGUAAUGCCAAACGUUGCGAGCUCAUUGUGAGAGGACUAACUUCGAUGAGGAAAUUUGCAAAUAUAAAUGGCUCUUAUGAUUACGUUGGGGAAAAAAUAUACCUCUUUGGCUAUCACAUGUUGGCAGGCGUUAAGCUCAUUAGGGGUAAUCAGUCUUUGACCUUGCAUGCGCGUAUUAAGCUUAUCAAAGGAGUGAAUGACAACUUUCUUCAGUGGCCAUUCCAUCAAAACAUCAAGCUGAUUGCUGUACAUCCAUCGGGGUACCAAACGUGCCAUUGUGUAAAUUAUGCAUUUCACAGUAUUGCACACUUUGGAAAGCCAGGACCAUUUGGCAACACGGCCUUGUAUUUUCCAGAAUCCUCGUUAUGCUUGGAAAAUCUUGAGCGUGAAGGAUACACAGUGGAUGACAAGGUUCAGCUGGCUUGGGAGCUCGCUUAGCGUGUCCAGUGAACAUGUGAGAGGCAUAUCAGGUGUUCUGGUUUUGCUCCGAUGUACACUGCUGUCUGACAGCACUGCUAAUUUCAUUGAUGUUCUGCCAUACUUGCGGAUUUGUUUUUGUUCAAUGGUACUUCAUAUCAUUUUUUGUACUGUUACCUUAGGCUGCAUUUCUAUCCUUGUAUUCACUGUUAUCGUCAGUAAUGCUCUUUCUCAGAAUGUGCCAAAUAAAUAAAGCGCUUACCAAAACUCAAAUACUGGCUAUGGUACAAACAUGCCGCUUAUUCCUGUAGAAGUGCGUAUGAGUACAUGAUAUUCUGUUUUGCAUGUUAAUGUGACUUCAAGAGAACAAUCUCUUUUGCUCUAUACUCCACUUGACUUUAGUGACAUCAGCUGUUCACUGAUAAAUACUGCCUAUAGUUGUGGUAAAUGGGUGCGAUAGUUAUUCUUUUGUUUUUCAUCUUUGCUGUGUACAUUGAAAUUUGUGGACCCAGUGGAGCUGUGAACUUGUGGGCAUUGCAAGAACCAUAAAGACGUAAAGAAUGCAAACCGAGAGCAGGUAGCACAUACACAAGCAUGUCAGAGGGAAAAGAGAAAAGGAACAUCGAGGCUGCAUGGCAAACGUGUGGGAGCUCUAGCUGCAAAGCUGCCCAAGCUGCAGAACCAGUGCACCGUCCGAGUAGAAGAGCUGCUGGUGCCAUUCUAGCGUGGCCCUGUGCUGAGGCAAGCCCACCCAGUGCAACUACUUAGGCCAUUCCUGGGACCAAGGCCUGCUGAGCAGCAUUUCCUAGAACACCGUUACACACGUCUCUUGGAGGAGAGUAACUAUAAGCACUGGCAGCUAACAGAGCCUGUGUCUGGGUUGGGGUCCACCAGAGGUGCGGCCGGUCGCCGAGGUUUUCGAGUGCAACAUGGACAGGUAUUGCACACAGUAUUGCAGCGAUGUGUCGUUGACCAUCAAGGACAGAGCUAUCAAACAGAGUGCCACCUGUACCUCAGUUCGCUUCUAGCGAGGAACACACCUCCAGGAUCACCGCCCAGUUUUUGGACAUUACGAUCUCUCGAUGUAGAUGAUUUUUAAUUUCUUGCCUUUAGCUUGGUGCAUGACUUGUCGCAUUAAACUACCUUUUGUAUUCUGCCCAUCCACUUUUGUGCCCUUAAGUUGUGAGAGAUUGUUUUUUUUGCUUUGAGUUUCUCAGUUGUCUUUCAACAUCUCAUGACACAAACAACUGACAAAUGUCCCAACUACCACACAACUACCAUACCUGUACAUACAUUUAUUUUCAGACAGCCUAUACACAUGGAAGCGAUUUCAACACAUGAUGUCUACGCAUGAA